AUGAAAUCGUACAUUAGUACAAAACUUCCCCAGUCAGGAUAUGCUAACAGCAAUAUAUACGGAGCCGGACUUUUAUCCACUUCCUCUGAGCUUUGUUAUCGGCUCGGGGCCUGCCAGAUCGUAAUGUGUGGGACAGGAAUGCAAAGGUGAGCCCCAAGUUAAAUCUGUCCUUAAAACCUUAACUGCCUGGUAAAGGCAUGUUUGUCGACAUUGAAAAGUAUUCUUGGAGGGAGGUGGAGUGGGAACAGGGGAAAGGGGGAGGGGGGGGGCGGGUUGUACAGCAAAGUACAAAUCACAGGGGAGAAGUCCAAUACUGGGACUGUGUGCAAGAAAUAGGGGCACAUACUAAACUCUUCGUGUAAAUUCUUACACAGCAAGUUACCCGUUAAACAGAUGAGAUUAUUCACGAAGUGUGAAUUGCCUGGAAGUGUAUUUUGAACUUUCUUUGUUACGCCCUAACACACUGGGGACUUGUUUGAUAUAAAGCGUAAUUCUGGGGCAACGUUCUAAAAAGGGGAAGCAGUUGCCAUGGAAACCAACGGAAUGUGGCUGUUGAUGACUCCACUGUUAGAACGUUCCCCCACAAUUACUUUUACACACGAUUCCCACUAUGAUUCAUGAUAUAGCUGAAAGGCAGAAGAAAGCAUUGCUUGUCCCAAUUUCUACAUUAACAUUUCUCUGCAUUACAUUUAUUGCGCAGGAGUACAUUGAGUGUUUCCCUGGAGCAGGCGGCUAUACUUGCGCGGAGCCAUGGGCUGCUCCCAAAGUGUAUAAUGCAAGCAACAGACAUAAUGAGAAAACAGGUGAGUGUAAAGAUCCUUCAGAUUUAUUUGGACAUUCUGAGCACCAUAACCACUACAGGGCGCUGCCACGAGCCAUUCUUAAAGGGACAUUCCAAGGAGCGUAACUUCUACAGCCACCCACUCCUUUUUUUUUUUUUAAGCCCUGGACCUCACGAGACCCAAAAGCUGUCCCCUCGGCCUUAAAUCCGAUGGUAUCUUUACUUGGACUGUAAUAAUAGGGUGUAAAUCCUGGGGGAAGCUUAUCCCAUUGCCUCCAAGGCUGAUUGGAUUUUAUCAUCUCAGGGGCAGCAGAGGGGGUCGGUCGGGCUUUGGAGGCCAAGGUCUUUCUCAAACUGCUCAAUGGUUUAGGAAAAAAUAGGUAAGCACCACCCAAAAAACUCCUUGCACCAAAACAAUUCCAAUACGCUAUGGUGCUUAUGGGCCAAAGUACAUGAAAACUGGACGAUUGAGGAGUGAAAGUCAAUUGGAGACUCAUGAACCAAAUGUUUAAAUAUUUGUUAAAGUCUGUUUAACAAGCACAGAAAGUUAGCAUUUCUUUUGUGCUUCCAUGUUGCUGUGUUAGUGGCUGUUAAUGAUCUUUACGAAGUCCAUGCCCCAACUAGCAUAUUUAUCGUAGCAUAUUUCUUAGCCCUGCUGUUACAACAGGGUCCGAAAAACUCCCAAUGUUUUCCGAUGGAAAUAACACAAAUAAAGAUUAUACCUUACAAAACAUUACAAUUUCAGCAAUAAACCUACUUUCCAGAAAGUAUUCUCUGCCUUUUGAGUGUUUGAAUUGAUAUUAAAAUGUGCUGUUAUUAUAGAUCACUCAGUAUUAAAAUAUUUUUUGUAUUUUAUUAGAACAUUCGCCCUGAUAUAUUUAUUUCUCUCUCCUUCUUAGGGUCCCCGCGUGGAAAUAUCUGCAAAAAACUUAAAAGUAAUGGAUCAAAUGCCACAGACGGCACCACG